AUUAUUUAUGUUGAUGAUGUAAAUGUUUUAUUUGGAAAAAUUUUUUCUAAUACAUAGAAAAAAUUCGAAAUGAACCAACUUGGGUAGAAUUAGACUUGUUGUGAGCAUGAAUUGAUUAGUUGUUAUCAACUUUUUUUUCUUUAUGGGUUCCGUCCAUUGUACAGCGAAUGGGUUUUUUUUUGGGGGUCAUAUGUUGAGAAUUACUGUCAUUGACAAUGACGGAAAAAGAAAUUGAACGAAUUUUUGUUUAUGGUUAAAAUAGGUUCAAUACAAUGUCAUUUCGAUUUUGUUUUUUGUUUUUGUUUUGUUUUCUUGAUUUUGUUUUUGUUUUUGUUUUCUUAAUUUUCAUCAAUUUUUUUUUUGAAAUUUUAAACACUGAAGAUGUGUUCAUUAAUUCAGUUUGUUAUUGGUUUGUUAAUUUUCAACGUCAUCACCGCACAAUCAUUGUCAACUAAUGAAAAAGUGAAUCAUCUGGGCAGAGAUUUACUUGAACUAAAUAUUUUUGAACAACAUGGAAAUGAUUCAUCAACAAUUCAUGAAUUGGAUCUAUCAAAUCAAUUGAUUCAUACAAUUCAACCUGGUGUUUUUAAUCAGACAAAAAAUUUGAAAAUAUUGAAAUUAUCACAUAAUCAAUUGAAAGUAAUUAAUCGCGAUUGGCUCACUAUAUCAUUAACCAAUCUUGAACGAUUAAUAUUACGAAAAAAUCAAAUUAAUGAAAUUGGUUUACUUGCAUUUGAUAAUCUUCGAUCACUUCGUUUUUUGGAUCUUCGUCAUAAUCAUCUGGGUAAUCUUCUUGAUGGUACAUUUUGGGGACUAAAUCGUGUUGAACGUUUAUAUCUUGAUCAUAAUCACAUUACAACAAUACGAUAUGGUUGGACAUAUGGUAUGGAAUCAUUAAAAAUAUUGUCAAUGAAAUUCAAUCAAAUCAAUUCGAUUGAAUUAGAGGCUUUCAAAUCAUUUUCUCGACGAUUAUUGCGAUUAAAUUUACAUUCAAAUCGUUUACAACAAAUCACAACAUUUUCUUUGAUUAAUCUUAAUCAAUUAGAAAGGCUUGAUUUAUCCAAUAAUUCAAUCAAAAAAAUCGAACCACAAAGUUUUUAUUCAUUGAAAAAAUUACAAUUAUUGGAUCUAUCCAUGAAUAAAUUAUCCAAUGUAUUUAAUGAAGAUGGUGAAUUAUUCAUUGGAAUGGAAUCACUUAAAGAUUUACGUUUGAAUUCAAAUCAUAUUGAGAAAAUUGGUGUGAAUACUUUUUUUGAUCUACAUUCAUUGAUCACUUUGAAUAUAUCAUCAAAUCCUAUCGAAAUGAUUGAACAGGAAUCAUUGGAUCAUAUAACCAAUGUAGAGAAUCUUUACAUUGAAAAUAUAAAUCUUACAUGUGAUUGUCAAAUAGAAUGGCUACAUUCAUGGCUUAAAUUAUUAUCACCAGAUAUUCGUGAAAGAAUUGCUACUCAAUUACAAUGUAGCCGGCCAAUUGAAUUACGUGGCGAAGAAUCAUUUAUGAAUAUUGAUCCAUUUAAUUUAUUAUGUCUCAAUGAUGAUAUGAAGUUUGAGAAAAAUGGUCACGACAAAAUUCUUCCAGAUCUCGAAGAAAGAGUUCUUCACCCAAGUCUUGACGAUAAAUUAUUCAAAAAAUCAGAUAUGGCACCACAUUUUGAUUAUGAACCAGCUAAUAUAACUGGUGAAUUGGGCCAAUCUGUUCAUAUUGAAUGUCCAGGUCGAGCAAUAUCGGCAACAAAUGUUUCAUUAUCACGUUAUGAUAAACAAUUGAAAUUUGUUGCCGCUUUAGAACGUCGUGUUCAAAUUGAAUUCAAUGAUGAAAAUGGUAAAACAUUUUUCACCAUUCAACCAUUAACAUUCAAUGAUUCUGGUUUCUAUAAUUGUAAUGCUUGGAAUGAAUUUGGUGAAAUACAUUCAAAAUUCUAUUUAUCAGUUAUUGAUCCUGAUAAACAAAAUCAUCGUUAUGAUCAUGAUCAUGAAUCAUCAAUAAUCAAUAAUGAUGAUGAUAAAAAAUGGCCAAUUCUUUACAUUUUUUGA